AGGCUGUGCCACCAAUAAACAAAAGAUAAUGCACACUUACUGGACUACUCCGGCUUGUCCGCACUACACGACAAAAAAAAACUAGACGGAUCAACUCAUAUCUGUCCAUACAUUUUUACAUUUAGAUACCCUAUUACAGACGAACAGGUAGCGCAUAUAUACACAUAGAGAGGGAGAGAGGAGAGAAAUAGAGAGGCAGAAAGAAAUGGGGAAGAAGGAGGAAGUGGAGGAGGAGAGGAUGGAGGGAGGAGUGGUGGUGGUGAAGCCCAAGCCAAACAAAGGACUCACUUCCACAGUGAUCGACUGGUUGGAGAAGCUGAUUGUGAAGCUAAUGUACGAUACUUCACAGCCUCACCACUACCUCGCCGGUAAUUUCGGUCCCGUUCACGACGAGACUCCUCCUUGCAAGGACCUCACCAUUCAAGGUUACCUUCCGGAGUGCCUGAAUGGUGAGUUUGUCAGGGUUGGUCCUAAUCCAAAGUUCACUCCUGUGGCUGGAUAUCACUGGUUUGAUGGAGAUGGCAUGAUUCAUGGUUUGCGCAUCAAGGACGGAAAAGCAACAUAUGUCUCCCGUUAUGUAAGGACGUCGCGUCUUAAACAAGAAGAGUUUUUUGGAGGAUCCAAAUUUAUGAAGGUAUACCGAUGAACUAUGUGACUUAAAUGUUUU